AUGUUAUUGUUCUUAUUUUUUCUAUGCCAAACUAGUUUUGAAGAAGAAACCCAAACAUUUGAACUAUCGGCCCAAAAUCCAUCUUAUGCAAUUCAUGGUGUUCGAUUAAAUGAAUUUCAGAAAAUAACAAUUAUUGGCUGUGAAAAUUGCUCUUUUCUCAUCGAUUAUUCUCAACGAAAAUGUGAUAAUGAGCCAGAUACGGCAUUGAAUGAUAAUGAUAGAAUUGUUUGCUUGGAUCCAUUCCCAUUUUCGAUUAAUGGAGAGAUUCCCAAAAAUGAUCAUUGUUUUAAUAUUCUACCAUACAGUUCGAAAGCUGAGAACUAUUUAUUCAUCUGUGCUUUUGAAAUAAGGAAUACAAAGACACUUAUAGUAAACUUUGGAGAAAAUGAAACUUUUGUGGAGUUUGCUGUUUCAUUUCGAGUUCAAGAAUGGGUUGAUGAAUCCGAGAAAACUCUCGUCAUUCCAACAGCUCCAGAUCUUUACAAUGAAAACAUUAUGUUGGUCAACAAAGGGAUCACAGCUGUCCUUGUCGCAAAUCCGAAAGCUUAUCGAUACCGAAAUUCUCCAGGCUCAAUGAUCCUUUUAGAAAUCUCGGAAACCUGCGAGCCGUAUGAGCCUGAUAUCGAUUGUGACAAAAACACGAUAUUUGCAGUUUUUGCAGGCUCCAGUCCGGGAAGGAUAAAAGAUGAAAGUCUGCACAUGAUUGAUAUUAAACGAGAUAAUCUGAUCACAACUCAAUCAACUGUCACCACCUUGCUUAACAGCGAAAAGUGCUCCUUUUGCAUUACCUAUCAAGCAUACACCGCGGAAUAUUACAACGAACCUUUAAGCACGGGAUUUGUCCUUACGAGUUAUGGAUAUCCAUGGAUAUUUGAUGAAAUAUCGGAAAGUGCUCAAUGUAGUCAAAAUAUUAUCGCAAAUUAUCGAUAUCAAACUGUUGGAGAUAUAAAAGCAUUGGAAGGUGGAACACUUUCGUUGAUUGCAUAUUUACAAUCAGAAGAUGGAAAAGAAUGUCUGAACAAUCAAUUUCAGCACAAUUACAGUUAUACAGAAGUUCCGGCUACAAAGUUUGAAGUUCAAGCAUUUUGUUUGGUGGCAAUUUGGUGUCCAAAUGAGAAUAUUACUGAAAGAAGUGGCUUUGUGAUGACACUUUUCCCAUCGAAUAACACGAUCGAUCCCAAGAUUCUUCCCUGUAUCGAUGGUUUAAUCACUCUACAAAAAGAUCAACCAAUGAUCAUUUUGCAAGGACUUAAUUUAUAUGAAGCUAAAGGUGGAUAUCGAUCGAUCUGCUUAAACACAAUUUGUUCUCAACAAAAAUGUUCAUUGAUCAUUGAUGUUUCGAUGUAUUGUCAAUAUGAAACGAACUCAACUACUCCCGGAUGCUCUCAAAUCUCACCGUUUGAAUUGAAUGGAGAUUUCCCGAAGCUCAACAAUUGCACUCAAAGAAAUAUUUCUGGAACUGGGACUGUACUCCAAAAAUGUCAACUCAGAAUUGAGACUGUAGAGCUGUACAUCAGAACGAUUAUUGAAGGUUUUGAUCCUUCUUUUUUGAGAAGUUCAAUUGCUGUCAGAUUGGAAGAAGAGAUUGAUGAUACAUAUGAUUUUCAACUGGAGACUUUGAAUACUGUUACUUCUCAAUUGCCUUUUCAAUGGGCUUUUCAAUUCGAAGCAUCAAUAAAACCGACUUGGCUCUCACUUUCCCUUCCACAAGGACAGCUAAAAAUUCUGGAAAAGUUUCGAUCGGAUCGAAGUGUGGAGAAUUCUUACGAUUUUGAUCAAUAUCAAGAUCAUUGUGAUGGGACAAUCUUUUUGGAAUCACGAGGUUUCGGGAAUGAUUUCGAGAUUCCAUUAUUACCAAUCGAUGAUAAUGACAUAUCGUAUUACUAUUUCUGGAGGCAAAUAUAUUGUGAAGAUUUCCCUGUUGAUCUCACCAUUGAAAUUCUUUCUAUUACAAAUGGAAAUGUUUCAAUUCAAUUUUUUGAUGACAUUGAAAGGAAACAUUUGGUUGAAUGUCUUUCAUUUGAUGUACAAGCUAACAAUAAGACACUAUUGUAUCGAUACUCAAAUUUGAGAGGGAUCACGAUAUCGUGGAAUAUAACGGGUACCCUUUUCAAGUCCGAAGCGGAUAUGAAAUUCAGUCAACUACAUCAAAUCAAAGUACUACACGAAAAGAAAUUCUUUUUAUGUAUGCUU